UCUGUAGGCAGGAGUAUACCACUUAUUCUGGAAGAUAAGAGGCCGCAAUUAGCAAGACUGAUCCCAAGGUAUAAAAAGGCCAUAUUCUCCCAUCCAUUGCUAAGAGAACCAUUCUCUCUCCCUCACCUGCUCAACGUCCACAGCUCCUUUUUCUUCCUCUAAUCUAAAUCCCCCAUAUCGUUCACGAUGUUGCAGAAAACCCUCCUAUUAGGGCUAAGCAUCUAUCUCGCCCCAACCCUGGCUGGACCUCUAUCCAGCCGGGCGGGCCCCUCCGACUUCGAACUCGGCGACCCGUACUACCUAUGCUUGAGAGACGAUGGCUCAAUCGACAAAGGCGCAACGGCAACCUGCGAUCUCGGAAGUUCUGCAGCCAAACUGAACGACAUCAGGGAAGUCUCAGCAGGAGACCUGGAAUUUUUCUAUAUUGAUGAAGCAAAUCCCCGUCGCAACCACGUUCUCCAUCUCGACUGCGCAGGAGGGGAUAUCUCGUCUCCUACCACAGUCACCGAAUCCAUAACUGUCAGAGUCACGGAGGUUGCGACAGAUACGAUUACUGAAACCCCACCUGUUAUUACUGUCACGCAGCCUCCUCUCACCACGACUGUCACUAUGCCAUGGUAUUGUUCUAUCAUUUGAAGCCUGGGGGAUUUGUUUUGUUGAUGAGAUGUGAGCUCUUGUUGUCAGAUGUCUUUGGUGUGGGAGGAAGAUUGAUGUCUUUAAACCUACAGUCGAGAAUAUCAAAGAAGUCCCAUGUACUCUCAUUCCUUUCCUAACUAGCUGACAUGGAAAGAAUAUGGGUGAUCAGACAGGCCAAGACGCUUUAUAUAGUAGCGCGCUUGGUAUUAGGUAGAGGGCAUGUGUCUGACAAUACAUAUCGAUAGAUAGUCCAGAGAAGGGGAUCCAAAUUGGCUUUCUUAUUUUCGA